UCAGAGGAUCUUCAUGAGGACACUCGCACACUCGCUCCCACUCGCACCUCCUGGAUGGACGUGACGGGCGCGCGCGUGCGGGACUUGUAGCGCAGCUGGACCCGAAUCUCGGCCGAGCGCGGCACCAUGGGACUGAAGCAGCUGGACAAAGUUGGACCGGGAGAAGAGCGCUGUGCUGGAGGGGGUCCUCUGAUGGGGAGACAGGAGUGACCCCGCAAACGCCGCACACACACACACACACACACACACACACGCGCACGGACAGGGUCGGGAGCGCGCGGCGGAGAAGAGGAGCAAAGUGCGGGAUUCACACGGAGAGGAGAUGCGGGGAGCUUGGCUUUUCCUCGUUCUGGUUGAGCACGGAUUUGCGCUGGCGCAGAGAACAAAAGAGCUGCCGAAUGCCCAGCAGACAUCCAAGGGGGAAGGGCAGUGCGGCACCUGGGUGCGGAACAACAACGGGGGUCUCUUCACCUCCCCUAACUACCCCAACACGUACCCCCCCAACAAGGAAUGCGUUUACAUCCUGGAAGCACACCCGCGGCAGCGGAUUGAGCUGCUCUUCGACGACACCUACUACAUCGAGCCAUCCUUUGAGUGCCGCUUCGACCACAUCGAGGUUCGCGACGGCCCCUUCGGCUUCUCGCCGCUCAUCAACCGCUUCUGUGGGCCCCGGAGCCCCGGCCUGGUGCGCUCCACGGGCCGCUUCAUGUGGAUCAAGUUCACCAGCGAUGAGGAGCUCGAGGGCCUCGGCUUCCGGGUCAACUAUACCUUCACAGCAGAUCCAGACUUCCAUCUCCAUCUGGGGGGGAUUUUAAAUCCGAUUCCAGACUGUCAGUUUGAAAUCGGCGGCUCUGACGGGAUGAUUCGCUCCAGUCAGGUAGAGGAGGAGGAGAAGAUCAAGUCCGGCGAUGCGGUGGACUGCAUUUGGACGAUACGCGCCCCUCCGAAUUCCAAGAUCUACCUCCGCUUCCUUGAGUACCAGAUGGAGCACUCCAACGAGUGCAAGAGGAACUUUGUGGCCGUGUAUGACGGCAGCAGUGCCAUCGAGAACCUCAAGUCCAAGUUCUGCAGCACAGUAGCCAGUGACGUCAUGCUGGACAAUGGCAUCGGUGUGGUUCGAAUGUGGGCCGACGAGAACAGCCGGCUCAGCCGGUUCCGGAUGCUCUUCACCUCAUUUGUGGACCCUCCCUGCUCGGGAAACACCUUCUUCUGCCACAGCAACAUGUGCAUCAACAACUCGCUGGUGUGCAACGGCAUCCAGAACUGCGUAUACCCCUGGGAUGAGAACCACUGCAAGGAGAAGAAGGGCAAGGGCCUCUUCCACCAGAUCACCAAGACGCACAGCACCGUCAUCGGCGUGUCCGCCGGGGUCGUCCUCGUCCUCCUUGUCGUCUCCGUCCUUGUCCAGAUGAAGCAGCCGCGCAAGAAGGUGGUGGCGCGCAAGUCCGUCUUCAACAAGGCCGGCUUCCAGGAGGCCUUCGACCCGCCGCACUACGAGCUCUUCUCGCUGCGGGACAAGGAGAUCUCCUCGGACCUGGCCGAGCUCUCUGAGGAGCUAGAGAGCUACCACAAGCUGCGGCGCUCCUCGUCGGGCACGUCGCGCUGCGUCCACGAGCACCACUGCGGCUCGCAGGCCCCGGGUCCCAAGCAGAGCCGCCCGGGCCUCAGCGCCACCGACCUGCCCUACCGCAACGAUUUCCCGCAGCCGCCACCCAUGAAGACCUUCAACAGCAGUUACAAGAAGAGCUGCUACGGCUACAAGCAGGGUCACGAGUGCGCCGAGCAGGUCAUCGAAGACCGCGUCAUGGAGGAAAUACCCUGUGAGAUCUACGUGCGAGGCGCCACCUCCGCCGUCGCCACCGCUGCUGCCUUGCGCAACAGCAGCGAGUCGGCGCAGCCGCGCUCCCUCUCCAUGGACUUCUGAGUGCUGGGUUUACACUUGGUGGACCUACAACCCAGUGGGACAAGGACCAUUAACUGAACUGACUGAACGGCGUGACAUUUUAAUUCAUUUUCAUUUAAAAAAACCUUGAUUGCGUGAGGAGGAAUUAAUCUUAUCAUAGUUUUACAUGUGUGGCUUUAUUUUUUUUUUCUUCUGUAUAUAUGUACAUGACCGGAAAAGCUCCAGUGUCCUUGCCCGGCCUUGUGGCACGGUGCGGCACGGGCGUUGAUGGCGAUGUGAGUUCCACUACCUACUGGGGGAGCAGUUCCCUUCCAGGCUUCAAAUGGAGUCAAGCACAGGAUCCCUUUGCCCGAGUCCCAUCACCGAUGGCGUCCAGCCCCUCUCCCCGAUUUUCUUUUAACAAACAUGUUAAGUUUGAUUUGGAUUAAAAACUAUUCGUUGAAGACAAUA